CAAGAUGACAAUGGAAGCUGUGGCAGUGGCAGUGGCACCCCAGCCAGCAACAAACAACACUGAAACACAGAAGAAAAAUAGGAUUCAAGUUUCUAACACCAAGAAACCCCUCUUCUUUUAUGUCAAUCUUGCCAAGAGGUAUAUUCAGCAGCAUAAUGAGGUUGAACUAUCUGCUCUGGGCAUGGCAAUCACCACAGUAGUUACAGUUGCUGAGAUUCUGAAGAACAAUGGAUUUGCAACUGAGAAGAGUAAGUAUUCUCUUUCACUCUCCUCUUUUUACCCUGCAAAUCUCCCAUUCUUGUUAACAAAAAAAAGUAAAAAACUUUCAAUGCCUACAAAUGGUGCAGAGGUUUUAACAUCCACAGUUGGAAUGAAAGACGAAGCAAAAGGCCGCAUGGUUCAGAAAGCGAGGAUCGAGAUCGUGCUGGGAAAAACCGAAAAGUUCGACAAAUUAAUGGCACCGAACAACAAUAAUGCAGCAGCAGCUGAAGCAGCGGAACAAGCAACAAACAAGAACGAGAACAACCUCGUCAUCAAGGAGGAAAACAAGCUGCAGCCACAGUAGUAGCAUAUUUCUACGCCCGAAAACUCAUACUUACUGUAUCUCAGUCUGGAUAUGAGUAUACUAUACUAUUCUUCUGCUAUUACAUAUUUUAUUCGCUAUAAGAGAUAAAGAUAUAUAUAAAUAUAUAUUUAUAGUGCGAAGCCAC